AUGGAGAAUCUUCCUGUGGAAUUGAUCGGAAACAUUUUGUCACAUCUUGACAAUGCCCGGGAUGUUGUCAUCGCUUCCACAACAUCCAAGAGAUGGCGCGAAGCUUAUCAUCAUCAUCUUCAUCAGAUCGCAUUCGUACACAGGGUUCAUCCAUUUCCAUGGUUCUACGAUACCAGAGAUAUAGAGAGGGUUAUCACUCACACUCUCACACAGACCACAGGAGUGCAAGAGCUGACCAUUGAGUUUGAGGAUGAUGAUGGAUUUUAUAGAUUUCGUAAUGAUGUUGUCACUGAAUGGCUCGGGCACACAAGGGAGACGUUGCGCAGAUUAUGCUUCAAUGCCGGGACUACACGAGGUGUCAAUGUUCUAGCAUCAUUGGGAGCUUUGCAAUUAAACCUGUUGCUCAGUGCAUGCCCACAGAUCGAAAAGUUAGAGCUGGUCAAUCAUCAUAUGAUUAGGUUGGGCUGGGAUGUGCCUGUGAUCUGCCCGGGAGUGAAGAACCUCCUCAUGGAACGAAUUAGGUCCAACUUUUUAGCCGAAAAGCAGGUUUUAGUCGUGGAGGCCGGCAACCUUGAGUGUUUGAGUGUGAAUGAUUGUGCUCUCCAUCAUUUCAAACUCACAGGAAAUGGAACACCGAAGCAUCUGAGGAUCGACGACUCUUCCAUCUGGCGUCUUGAUAUUGCAGGGGCUGCUGAAAAGCUUGAGAGUGUCGAUUUCAGACGGAGCGCAUUUGUCUACAUGGGGUUUACGGAGGUGAUCUCAACAGCGCCCCAACUGAUGACUCUUUCGCUAUGGGAUGUGAAAUUCGAUACCCUUGGGUACCACCCAGUUGGAUACUGUGGAUGA